CCGAAGCGCUUUUCAUCUUCCCCGUUGGGUUCUCUAAAUUCACCGGAGGAAAAAGGGUUCAAAUCGUAAUCUCUAAUUCGUCGGAGAAAUCCAACGUUAGGUAUAUAUAAUCACGGUUGUAUUUAGAAAGUAGGGCACGAAACGAUGCCCUUGUUUAUGCCAGACGAAGAGCUGGCGCGGCUAUCUGGCGAUGCCGCGUCUGUAGUGGCUGAGAGAGCCGACGAGUACAUAAGGAAGUUGUACGCAGAGUUAGAUAGUGUACGCGCGAAGGCUGAUGCUUCUUCCAUCACGGCGGAGCAGACGUGUUCGCUUCUCGAGCAGAAGUACCUCUCGCUCUCUCAGGAUUUCUCCUCGCUUGAAUCUCAGAAUGCACAACUUCAGUCCGAUUUCGACAAUCGUUUAGCUGAACUCGCACAGUCUCAGGCGCAGAAGCACCAGCUUCAUUUGCAAUCGAUUGAGAAGGAUGGAGAGGUAGAGAGGAUGACGACGGAAAUGUCGGAGCUACACAAGUCUAAGAGGCAACUGAUGGAGUUGCUGGAGCAGAAAGAUGCCGAGAUUAGCGAGAAGAAUUCGACCAUCAAGAGCUACUUGGAUAAAAUUAUUAAGCUGACUGACUCUAGUUCGGAAAAGGAAUCCAGAGUUGCUGAAGCGGGCGCAGAAUUGGCACGUUCCCAAGCUAUGUGCAGUCGUCUAUCUCAGGAGAAAGAACUUAUGGAAAGGCAUACCAAAUGGCUUGAUGAGGAGUUAACAGCCAAAGUUGACAGUUAUGCUGAACUCCGGAGAAGGCAUUCUGAUUUCGAGGCUGAAAUGUCAGCCAAGCUUGUGGAUGUUGAGAAAAAUUAUAACGAGUGUUCUAGCUCGUUAAAUUGGCACAAGGAAAGAUUGAGAGAGCUCGAAACAAAGAUUAGUUCACUACAAGAGGAACUCAGCGCGUGCAAAGAUGCAGCAACGACCACUGAAGAGCAGUACAAUGCUGAACUUUCCACUGCGAACAAGCUUGUUGAGCUGUACAAGGAAAGUUCGGAGGAAUGGUCUAGAAAGGCUGGGGAACUUGAAGGUGUCAUUAAGGCCUUAGAGGCACGCUUGAGCCAAGUCGAGAGUGGUAACAAAGACAGACUUGAGAAAGAAGUGUCUAUAAAGCAGCAGUUAGAGAAGGAGGUCGAAGACCUUCAACAAAAACUGGAGAAGUGUGAAGAAGAAAUUGAGAAAACUAGGAAAACAGAUGAGCUAACGCUUAUACCUUUCAGCAGUUUCACAAGAGGCAGAGGGGUUGACGAUUCUGGGACCAGCAACUUGAUAGAGGAAAGCCAGGGAAUAAUUUCUAAGGUUCCUGCUGGUGUGUCAGGAACGGCGCUAGCAGCUUCACUUUUACGUGAUGGAUGGAGUCUGGCCAAAAUUUAUGAGAAGUAUCAAGAGGCUGUUGAUGCCUUGAGGCAUGAACAAUUAGGUCGAAGGGAAGCUGAGUUGAUACUACAACGGGUUUUAUCCGAAUUAGAAGAGAAAGUAGGGUUCAUCCAAGAGGAAAGAGGAGAGUAUGAGCGGAUGGUUGAAGCUUAUUCUCUAAUUAGUCAAAAACUUCAGGAUUCUGUAUCUGAACAAUCAAAUAUGGAGAAGCUCAUCAUGGAGCUAAAGGCUGACUUAAGGAGGCAUGAACGUGAAAACAUUCUCUCUCAGAAAGAUAUAUCUGACCUACAGAAGCAGGUUACAAUACUUCUGAAGGAGUGUCGUGAUGUCCAACUUCGCUGUGGUGCUGCCAGAGAUGAUGAUGAAGAUGAUCCUCAGCUCUCUGAUGUUGAGAUGGAUACGGAAUCUGAAGCUGAUAAAAUAAUUUCAGAGCAUCUUCUGAAGUUUAAAGAUAUAAAUGGACUAGUUGAGCAGAAUGUGAAGCUCAGGAAUCUUGUUCGUAGUCUCUCGGAGCAGAUUGAAAGUAGGGAAAUGGAGUUGAAGGAAAAGUUUGAGAUAGACCUGAAGAAAAAGACCGAUGAAGCUUCUUCCAAGGUAGCUAUCGUUCUAAAGAGAGCUGAAGAGCAGGGUCAAAUGAUUGAAUCACUGCAUACUUCUGUUGCAAUGUAUAAACGACUAUAUGAAGAGGAACAAAAAUUUCAUUUAUCUCAUUCUCGUUCUUCAGAUUUGCCUCCAGUGCCAGGAAGAGAGAACUUUUUACAUAUGCUUGAGGAUUCACAGGAAGCUACUAAAAAAGCCCAAGAAAAAGCUUUUGAGCGCGUCCGAAGUCUCGAAGAGGAUUUAACGAAGGCUAGGAGUGAGAUAAUUGCGAUAAGGUCUGAACGGGAUAAGUUGGCCAUGGAGGCAAAUUUUGCUAGGGAAAAACUAGAGGGCAUCAUGAAAGAAUCUGAACGGAAGAGAGAAGAAAUGAACAAUGUUUUGGCAAGAAACAUUGAGUUCUCGCAGCUGAUCAUCGACCACCAACGGAAAUUGCGUGAGAGUUCUGAGUCUCUCCAUGCAGCAGAAGAGAUUUCUAGAAAAUUAUCUAUGGAGGUCUCUGUUUUAAAACAUGAAAAAGAAAUGUUAUCAAAUGCUGAAAAAAGAGCAUCGGAUGAAGUUUCUGCUCUAUCUCAGAGAGUUUAUCGUCUUCAGGCUACCUUGGAUACUAUACAGAGCACAGAGGAAGUUCGUGAGGAAGCAAGAGCUGCCGACAGAAGGAAACAAGAGGAGCAUAUCAAGCAACUUGAGAAAGAAUGGGCUGAAGCUAAACAAGAAUUGCAAGAAGAAAGGAGGAAUGCGCGGAAUAGCACUUCGGACCGCAAUCAAACUUUGAACAAUGCUCUAAUGCAGGCAGAAGAAAAGGGGAAAGAAUUGGCUAAUGCCUUGAAGGCUCUCUCGGCGGCAGAGUCCAGGGCCUCUGUGGCUGAGGCUAGACUUUCUGAUUUGGAGAAGAAGAUAAGAUCUUCAGAUCCUAAGGCUCUUGAUCUGAACAGUGGUGGAGCUGUCUCUCUUUCUGAUAAUGAGAUUUCCCAAGAACUGCGUACUUCCAAGGAAGAAAUCGAAAAAUUGAGGGGAGAAGUAGAAUCUAGCAAUAGCCACAUGCUUCAGUACAAGAGUAUAGCUCAGGUGAAUGAAACUGCGCUGAAGCAGAUGGAAUGUGCUCAUGAGAAUUUUAGACUUGAGGCUGAAAAGAGACAAAAAUCGUUGGAAGCAGAGCUUGUUUCUCUGAGGGAGAAGGUGUCAGAACUUGAAAACGAUUGUAUACAGAAAUCCAAGCAAAUUGCAACUGCUGCUGCAGGGAAAGAAGAUGCUCUUGUAUCAGCAUCAGCUGAAAUUGCAAGUCUGAGAGAAGAAAACUUAGUUAAAAAUUCCCAAAUCGAAGCAAUGAAUAUCCAAUUGUCUACCUUGAAGAACGAUCUGGAGACAGAACAUGAGAAAUGGCGUGCUGCUCAGAGAAAUUAUGAAAGACAGGUUAUUCUGCAGUCUGAAACUAUUCAAGAGCUGACUAAAACAUCACAAGCUUUGGCAGCCCUUCAAGAGGAGGCAUCUGAACUACGUAAAUUGGCUGAUGCAAGGGGAACGGAAAAUUCAGAGCUUAUCUCCAAGUGGAGUGAAGAGAAAUGUAUGCUAGAACAGCAAAAGAACCUAGCGGAGAAGAAGUUUCAUGAACUCAAUGAACAGAACAAAUUACUUCACAGCCGACUUGAGGCUAUGCAUCUUCACUCGGCUGAGAAAGAUAGCCGUUCUGGAUGCACCGGCUCGGAUCAACUUGAAGAUUCUGGUUUGCAGAGUGUAGUUAAUUAUUUACGCAGAACAAAGGAAAUUGCUGAAACAGAGAUCUCACUAAUGAGACAGGAAAAAUUACGGUUGCAAUCGCAACUUGAGAGUGCAGUAAAGAUGGCAGAAUCUGCCCGGGGAUCACUUAAUGCUGAGCGGGCCAGUACAAGGGCGUCAUUAUUGACGGAAGAUGAAAUCAAAUCUCUUCAGCUUCAGGCUAGUGAGAUGAACCUGCUCCGGGAAAGCAACAUGCAACUCAGGGAAGAAAAUAAACACAAUUUUGACGAAUGCCAGAGAUUGCGUGAGGUAGCUCAAAAGGCUAGGGUGGAAUCUGAAAACUCGGAAAACAUAUUGAAGCAAAAGCAAUCUGAGUUAGACUUGUGUAUGAAAGAGAUGGAAAUGCUAAGGAAGGAGACAGAUCUUCAAAAGAAGAGGGUUGAUGAGUUACGAGAGACGUAUAGAAACAUUGAUGUUGCUGACUACAAUCGCCUCAAAGAUGAAGUGCGGCAACUCGAGGAAAAACUGAAAGGGAAAGAUGCUCAUAUUGAAGACUUCAAGAAGCUGCUAUUAGAGAAGCAGAAUAAGAUAUCUCUACUAGAGAAGGAGCUAACAAACUGCAAAAAAGAUCUGAGUGAGAGGGAGAAGAGGUUAGACGCUGCUCAGCAAGCACAGGCUACUAUGCAGUCAGAGACUGAGAAGCUGAAAGCAGAGAUCUCUAAGUUGAAAGCAGAUUCUGAUAGGUUCAGGAAGUCUUUUUCUAACGUGAAGAAAAAGCUCGACAAAGAAAAGGAGGAUUUGAGCAAAGAAAAUCAGUCACUCUGUAAACAGUUAGAGGAAGCCAAAGAGGCUGGAAAGAGAACAACAACUGAUGCUAUGGUGGAGCAGGCCGUUAAGGAGAGAGAUGAGAAAGAACAAAAAAUUCAGAUUUUGGAUAAGUUUGUCCAUACACUAAAAGAUGACCUGAAGAAGAAGGAUGACGAAUUAACUAAAGAGAAAACAGAACGCAAGACUGCUGAGAAGGUAUUUGGAGACUCCUUGGCCAGAGUUAAUAAGGAGAAAACAAAAGUGGAAGAAGAGCUUGUUAAGCUCGAGAGAUAUCAGACGGCAUUGGCUCAUCUCUCUGAAGAAUUGGAGAAAUUGAAACAAGCGGACGGCAAUCUUCCUGAGGGUACUUCAGCUGUCCAGGUUCUCUCUGGAAGCAUAUUGAAUGACCAAGCUGCCGCCUAUGUGUCAGCUGUAGACUAUUUUGAACGCAUGGCUCGUACUAUUGCCCUAAAUUCUCAAGGAACCACAAAAUCUACUGAUAUAGUGACUGAACCUUCCCCUGGUACAGUUGAGCCGUCAGCCAUCACGAGAGCCUCUCCUUCAACGCUUUCAAAAGCUCCGGUGGCAACUACCCAGCAGCCACCCAAAGCAUCAUCAGACAUUAGCAAAGUGAAGAGAUUGACUUUACAGAAACCAAGCACUGAGCUCCGCAGACCGAGUAGGAGGAUUAUUCGUCCUCAACUUGUCAAACCAGAGGAACCUCCCCAAGGUGAUGUUGAGAUGCCAGAAGCUGAGGGAGCUGGUGAUGAAGGAAAACAGCCUUCCUCCCUUGUAACAGAGAGCCAAGAAACCACAAUUGUACCGCCUGCUCAGACACAUGUCCGUAAACGCCAGGCUGAUUUGUCGGCUUCCGAUCCACAGCAAGAGGAAACCAGUCCCGAGAUUGCCCCACCUGUGUCGAAGAAGGCAAAGGGAUCCGAGUCUCAACCUGAUGCUGCCGAAGGUGAAAACUACUCUAAAGAGCCGGGCAUGGAUGAAUCCAUGGGUGCUACUACCGCCGCCGACGGUGACAAUGAAGAAACAGAAGCCGAGACUGCAGAGGAUAAAACCGAGGAAUCUGCGGAAGCACAAGAAGAAAAUGAAGCUGAAGUGCAGGAUAAAGCUGAUGAACCAUUGGAAGAAAUUCCAACGGAGACGGAAACCAUCCCAACCGAAGAAGAGUUUAUGGAUCAGACCGAACAAGAGAAUCAAGAUCUUCUGACAGACGUGGAAUUUGAUAAAGAAGAAGGAGAAGUCGAUCUAGAUACACUGGAAGAUCUCGACGAGACUACGGAUGUAGGUAACAUGAUGAGGAGCCCAGAGAAAGGAGAGAUGCAGCCUGAGACGCUAGCUACACCCACGCAAUCACCUAGUAGGAUUGAGACCGCAAUGGAGGAAGCGGAAACAACCAUUGAACCACCAGUAGAAGAUGUUAAGAACGAUGAAGGAGGUGAUGUAGCUGCGGAAGAAACCUCUGAUAAACCCAACAAUGGUAACAAUCAACAAGCCACGGAAACUGAUCUCAAGCCAGCGGCCACAGUAGCUACAACAGUCUCUGCAUCUGCCACCCCAUCCACUUCCUCUACUCCAGCUUCUGCUACACCCAGCGAAACUCCAGAAACAGAAGAAACGAAAAGAGCAGCGUCUCCAAGUGGAACUAUAGUGUUACUAUCUGCUAGAGCAAAAGAAAAAGCAGCUAUAAGACAAGCCGGAGCGGCCAAUCUAGGAGGAACUCGAGCUCCUAUACCAGCCACCAGAGGUCGUGGUCGAGGUUUAAACAUACGAGGUCGUUUGGUCCCUCGUGGUGGCCGAGCCCCGCGUGGUGGACGUGGGCAAUCCCCGAGCCAGCCGUGA